AUGUCUGACCCUGAAAAACACGUGAGCAAGCGGACAUGUCUUAAGUCGAAGCGUUCUCGUCUCAUCUUGGCAAUCGUGGUUCUAAUUGUGAUUAUUGUGGCCGUUGUUCCCUCUGUUGUCGUCACUACUCUUAAGAAAGAUAACAUGGGUCCCAAAGCGAAGGUCUUCGUACCACUCUACGUGUAUCCUGCUCCUGAGGCGUGGGCUCCGCUGGAAAAUGUGAUAUCUACCCACCCCGAUGUCAACUUUACCGUUGUAAUCAACCCAGGGAACGGCCCGGGGCCUGACUCUCUCCCGGAUGGCAAUUACACCCGUGAGAUCCCAAAGCUCACUGCUUACGCAAAUGUGCGUCUUUUGGGCUAUGUGUAUACCUCAUACGGAAACCGCAACGUUUCUGCUGUUCGCAAGGAUAUCCAAACCUAUGCCGACUGGCCGGCUAAUUCCUCCGAUCCCAACCUGGCGGUCCGCGGAAUCUUCUUCGAUGAAACACCCCAGCAAUACGAACCUCAAACCUUGACGUAUUUGCAAGGGCUGACGGACUUUGUUAAGGACCUUGAUGAUCUUGGUCCCGAUCAAUUUGUUGUCCAUAACCCCGGCGCUGUUCCCGAUUCUCGGUACCUAGCAACAGCAGAUUCAACCGUUGUGUUCGAAGCUGCCUACACUACGUUCCAGGAACGGCAAGGUGCCAGGAUGUUCACCAAUAUCGCGGACAGCAAUCGUACCCAACUAUGUGCCAUCGUUCACUCCGUGCCUGAUGCUGUCGAGGGCAAGGCCCUCCGCAGUCUGGUCAAGCAGGUGCGCCAGGUUGCGGAUGAGGUGUAUAUCACCCAUCUUAGCACUGACUAUUAUGCCUCAUUUGGUGCCAGGUGGACUGAGUUUGUCGAUCUGAUGGCAGCUUGA